AUUUGAAGAAGGAUAAGAUGUUGAAGUCUAAUUUGGAAGCGUUGAAUCCUUUGCAUAAUCCUAUUUUACAAGAUCCUGAUAGUUAUGGUGUCACUGGCCUCACCAAGGUUGAUAAACUCUUGCAAAAGUCACUGGUAUUUUUUGAUUCAUUGUGGUAUGAUUGUUGUAGAAUGUUGAUAUUGAUUGAUUAUAAGAGAAGUUAUUGAGAAAUAUCUUGAGAUUAACGAUUUGGUUAGAAACAUGGUUCUGGACAAAACAUUAUGACAGAAGUUGAUCCAUAUAGUUGACCCCACUUAGUGAGAUAAGACUUGAUUGUUGUUGUUGUAGUAUGCUUACUAAUAGCAUGAACUUGUCUCGCCGCCCCUCAAAACCAAGUGGGACUCGAUGGAAUUCAGAAGUGCACUGCAACCUGCAUGUGUACUGUGUGCAUUUUACCGAAGGUUAUCGAUUUGACAGGAUUUUCUCAUCAUUCUGUCUAUAUCUGGAAGCUGUUUCUGUACUACCCUAACUGCUGGCCAUGCAGAACACUCAAGUAUAAUUUUCUCAUCAUAUGGGAUCUGAUUAUGUUGCUUUUCAUCCUCAAUUGUUUCAUUUUGUACAUUCAGAUUAUUGAGUCAUUCACUGCUCAUUAUGUAACCGCACCUAGCAAGAUUUACGAGCUGUGCUCAUUGGGUGUUAGAUCCAUGUUGACAUUUGUUGGUUGCCUCAGUGGUAUGCUUAUGGCCGUCAAUGGUUAUUAUCUCAGAAAUUGUCAAAACCUUCAUCUUAGCAGAUUUCUGUUACUACUUACUUUUAUGUCAAAAGACUUGCGAGAGAAAUUGUAUGGGGCCCAAAAACCCUUCAAGAGGGAAGUUUCAGGCUUCUAUUGGAGUACAUGAGAUUUUCAGCCCAGAGAUAUGGAAAGCAGCUUUAACAGAAUUAGUUGCAACUGCCUCACUAAUGUUCACCUUGUCUACCACCAUUAUUGCAUGCUUGGACUCACAUGAAGUUGAUCCUAAGCUUAGUGUCCCCUUUGCAGUCUUCAUCAUAGUCUUCUUAUUCCUAAUUGUCACAGUUCCUCUAUCUGGUGGCCAUAUGAGCCCUGUUUUCACAUUAAUAGCUACUCUAAAAGGUGUUACCACUCUUUCUCGUGCACUCCUUUAUAUCUUAGCACAAUGCAUUGGCUCGAUAAUUGGUUUCUAUAUACUCAAGUGUGUGAUGGAUCCAAGACUAGUAAACACAUAUUCAUUGGGAGGUUGUGCUAUUGGUGGCAAAGGACUUAAUUCUAGUAUCAAUCAGUAUGAAGCUUUGUUAUUGGAAUUCUCUUGCACAUUUUUAGUACUCUUUUUGGGUGUCACAUUGGCUUUUGACAAAAAAAGGUCAAAGAAUUUGGGCUUGCCGAUGGUAUGUUUGGUGAUAGCUGGAGCCAUGGCAUUGGCAGUGUUUAUGUCCAUAACUGUAACUGGACGGGCUGGUUAUGCUGGUGUUGGGCUUAACCCAGCAAGAUGCCUAGGUGCUGCAUUGGUUCAUGGAGGUUCACUAUGGGAUGGGCUUUGGAUUUUUUGGGCUGGGCCUAUUUUGGCCUGUUUAAUCUAUUAUAGUGUCUCUAUCAACCUACCAAAAGACAGUUUGGUUUUGAUGGACGGAGAAAAUGAUGGCUUAAAGUUGCCUCUUGGUUCUAGUGUGACAAUACCUAAUGGUGACAUUUCAAAGGAGACUUUUUAUUCUGCCUCUCAUGUUUCUCAAAACACUUGAUUUGUUUUGAUUAUGUAAUUCGAAUGUUGGUUUUGCAUAAUCCGAGCAUGUUUUGAGAAAUGUCGAGGAUAGAUAAACUAUCUGAAUUAAACUAUAUCACAAUAGAAGAAAGUGAAGCUGAUUUCAAGUUAUGCGUGGAAAGGGAUAAACUUUGUGACUUUGUUGUCGUGCUAGUUAACAACUACACUUACUAAUAGUAGUUGAUUAACGGAAAGGAAACUAUUUUCAUUCACUUUUUCUCUUGUAUUAUUAGAAAUUACUAGAAUAUAGGUUCAAUUACUACUUAGGACUUAUUGUGUAUUGUGUUUUGGCUUUUAAGUAUUUAAAAACAGUUUUGAAAAA